CUACAGGUGCUAAUAACUUAUCGUUGGCAGUGUCACCGCCAACACCGAACAUCGCGCAAUGUUAAAAAAACAUUACAAAUUGCUGGUAAAAUGUGCGCUCGUCAUACCGUUUAUCAUACUGGUCGACCUGCUCGGCCUGCUGACGCACCUCUGCGAACUGGACUUUGACAGGCACUACUACUACCCCCUGCACAAUGAGAGCGCACCCAUCGAAUACGAGUAUUUGCAGUUGCCAUCGUUCACGGAUAACCGUAAUAUUGCGGAACCGCCCCGACUGACGAUAUUGGUGAAGAGCGCUGUGGGCAAUUUACAGCGUCGUCAUGCCAUACGCAAGACCUGGGGCUACGAAUCGCGCUUCUCCGAUGUCCACAUCAAACGAGUCUUUCUGCUCGGCGUCACUGACGAGUCGGAUGCGGCUCACGAUGCCGCUGAAGCAGAGUCCAAACAUUAUGGCGACAUUUUGCGCGCCAAUUUCCGCGAUGCAUACUUCAAUAAUACGAUCAAAACGAUGAUGGGACUGCGCUGGGCCAGCGAGCAUUUCAACAACAGCGAUUUCUAUCUGUUUGUCGACGAUGAUUACUAUGUGUCCAUCAAGAAUGUGCUUCGCUUCCUGGGCAAAGGCCGCCAGUCGCAUCACAACAAAGAGCUCUUUGCAGGCUUUGUGUUUGAGAGCACGCCACUGCGUCACAAGUUCAGCAAAUGGUAUGUGUCCCUGGAGGAAUAUCCAUUUGAUCGCUGGCCUCCAUAUGUCACCGCCGGCGCCUUCAUUUUAUCGCGCGAUGCGCUGCUCAAGAUGUAUGAGGUGGGACGCACAAUUCCCUUGUUUCGCUUCGAUGAUAUAUAUCUCGGCAUUGUGGCGUACACGGCGCAUAUACCUGUGCAUCAUUGUGAGCGAUUUCUGUUCCACAAGAUGCCCUACGAUGGACCCGAGAGCUUUAGCAAUGUGAUUGCCUCGCAUGGUUUUGGGGAUCCCGUCGAAAUGGAGCAUGUGUGGAAUGAGUUGCGUUCGGCGAAUUAUGCGUAGCGCUGGGAACUGAAAAUGCCAAUGCAAUAUGUUAGCAUUAUUAGUGAGAAUUGUAUUAAGCUAUUAUUUACACAAAUGUACAUACACAACACAACAUGCCAAGCCUUAUUAAACAUAAUUUACACUCAA